UGAUUGGUUCUGAGAAUCCGGAGGUAAAGGUUCAGCAGCAGCACUGCGCUUUUAAAAUGGCGGAAGAACCAACCAGAGAAUGGAGCGAUGAACAGCUCAAAAGUGAUGAUCUACCCAAAAAAGAUGUCAUUAAAUUCAUUCAGGACAAUGCAGCCCACUCGUUUCUCGCUGAACACAAGUUGAUGGGAAAUAUCAAGAAUGUUGCAAAAACGGCAAAGAAAGAACAGCUGAUAAACGCCUACAAUGACCUGUUUGCAAGCAAACGGUUUAUAGGCACAGAACCCAUUGAGGAAGUAACGGAGCAGGUUAGAACUGUGAAGAUUGAAGACAAACCUAAAGAGACAGAGGUUAUCGAUGAGGGUCCUCCCAAAUUUAAAAAGGCUGUGUUGAAAAAAGGAGACAAGACAAACUUUCCAAAGAAGGGCGAUACUGUGAGCUGUUGGUACACAGGUUCCCUGGAGGACGGCACUGUGUUCGACACCAACAUUCCUGCAACUGCCAGAAAGAAGAAGCAAAGCAAGCCUUUAAGCUUUAAGGUUGGCUUGGGCAGAGUAAUCAGAGGAUGGGAUGAAGGAGUUCUCACAAUGAGCAAGGGUGAAACAGCAAAACUGGAGAUUGAGGCAGAGUGGGCCUAUGGAAGGAAGGGUCUUCCAGACUCCAAAAUCCCACCGAAUGCAAAUCUGAUCUUCGAGGUUGAACUGGUGUCCGUAGAUUAACGGCAGAAUCGUCUCCAGAAUGCACUACUCCCUAAGGAUGGGAAAACACGGGAGUCACUAGACGGCCAUGCUCGGGAGGGAAACAAGUGGCUAUACGGUCUUAAAACUUUUUCAAGCAACUGCGUGUUCCGUUUCAUUUAGUUGUAUUGGUUGCCAUGUUUCUACUUUAUCCACACUCGUCAUAAUGGGGAAUUUGGUAAAGAAUUAACCGAUUGGCAGCUAGUUAGCGUCGGAAGUGAGUUGCCAGUCUUCUGUCCCUCCCAGCAUGGCCUAUUAAGAGAUGACCGGGCAGCACUGUACAGAUGGGGCAUCCUGAGUAAAUAAGCAGAGGAAUACCUGUUUCGUUCCUGCGUUUUGUUUUUGUUUCAUUUGCAUGUAUGUUGUGAAAAUAAAUAAACUGAUUUUGGGAACAAAAUUUAAA